AUGUGCGGUGUCCUUCGCCAACUCAUGCUUCUGCCGCUAGCCUUCCUCAGCAUAACACCCAGCUGCUCAGCAUGGAACUUUCAUCACCAAUUAAACGGCACUACACCUUCAAAUGGGACGCCUAUGAAUGGCUCAUCUAGCUGCCCCCUAGCCAAUGGAGCGUCGUCGAAUCCACUCCAAGUAUACACCAUUGCUGCAAAUAACAUUACUGCAUCGUUCAUUCCAUACGGUGCCCGUCUAAUCUCUCUCAUGGUCCCCGAUCGUGAGGGUAAGAUGCAGGAUGUUAUUGUUGGCUACGAUGACCCCCAGGACUAUGUCAAAGACACCCUCACUAACCAUACGUACUUUGGGUGCAUUGUCGGACGAUAUGCCAACAGGAUUAGAAAUGGUACAUUUGUUCUAGAUGGAACUACAUACAAUAUACCAAAAAACGAGCUGAAUAAAACUCAGACAUUACACGGUGGGGGUGUUGGUUAUGACCAGCGUAACUGGACUGUUACGGCUCUGUCGAAUAGCUCCAUAACCUUCACCUUGUUCGAUUCCGGCUAUGAACACUUCCCGGGUGAUGUCAUAAAUCAUGUCACGUUCAGUGUUAAUUCCUCAUAUGGCUUGAAAAGGCCCAAUCCACAAGCAGAGUUCACUGCCCGAACCGUUUCUCUCUCUUUGACAGAAAAGACGCCCAUAAUGUUGUCACCUCAUAUAUACUGGAAUCUCAACGCUUUCAAGAAUGAGACCGUGCUAGAGGACACGCUACUUCAACUACCACUAUCUAGUCGAUACGUGGAGGUGGACUCGCGGCUUAUCCCAACCGGAAACAUAGGAAAUGUUUCUUCUUCCCUCAAUAGUACCCUGGACUUCACAAAGGGGAAGUUGAUCGGGAAAGAUAUCAAGUCCGCAGAUGGAAUCUGUGGAGCAAAUUGUACUGGGUACGAUAACUGCUUCAUUAUUGAUAGGCCCAAUAAUGCAUCUGACUGGACUUCUUCCCCCCAAACAAUGGUCCCUGCUGUGAAUAUGUCCUCGGUCACUACGGGUAUAAAUAUGCUGGUCACAACAAAUCAGCAGGCGAUUCAAAUAUACUCCUGCAAUGGUCAGAAUGGCACGAUCCCUGUGAAAAGCUCACAAAUGGCAAGGAAUAAGGCUAGCGGGGAUGGAAACGGUACUGUUGUGGAUAAGAUAGAACAGUAUGGCUGCCUUGUCAUUGAAACCGAGGGGUGGAUUGAUGGCAUCAAUAACCCUGACUGGGGUCAGGAUCCGUUCCAAAUAUACUCUCCCGAGUCAGGUCCUGCGAUAAACUGGGCAACGUAUGUGUUUAGUGCUUCCUGA